AUGAAUAGGCUAUUUUCCCCGAUUUCUGGAAUCACAAUGGAAGUGACAACAUCCUAUCCGAUCAUACAUCUUUAUGGUUCGAAACAUCUCAAUUGUAAGGGAAAACGAGGCGAACAAUAUGGAUCAGGGAAAGGACUCGCUAUUGAACCUCAAUUUCAUACAGCUGCUCUCAAUUAUCCAAACUUCCCAAGCAUUCGGAUAACUCCUGAGCAACCGUAUCUACAAGAAAUCGUGUAUUCGUUUUCGGCAAGGUCGAGCUCAACAGAUUGA